CAUCAAGUUUGACUGAGGUCUGGCCGUCCAUCAAGUUUGACUGAAGUCUGGCCGUCCAUCCAUUCUGCGACGGUCUAUGGCCGCUGAUGUGCUCAGCGUUGUUGGGUUCCUGUUAAUGGUCACGUGUUGUCACCAUGGGGUCAUGCCGACCCGGAAGCUCGUCAAAACUAAACUCUCUGACAUGAAGUACUACCAAGAUGGCGACCUUUUGAUUGGUGGCAUUUUGGCGACAGAAAUGCGGAGAGACGGUGGUAUGUUCUUUGUACCAAACGACUUCUCCUUUCACUUGGUAGAGUCGGUGACCUACGCCAUCAACUUGGUCAACAGGAACAAGUCCAUGUUGCCCAACGUCAAGCUGGGCUUCAUCAUGCUCGAUGACCACUUCGCCACUGACGCGGCCGUCUUGCGGGCCAUCGGGUUCAUGAAACAGCGCAGGUCCAGGCUCAACAAACAGUGCGUCAUGAACGCUGACUCCCGAGACUCCAUUGUCUCUUACGAUGUUGUGGGCGUCAUAGGCUGCUUGCAGAGCAAAACGAGUGAGGCCGCGGGUCUAAUACUGAGCGGGGCCAACGUGCCACUUCUCAGUUUCACAGCGACAUCUCCAGCACUGAGUGACAAAGAAAAGUAUCCCUACUUCCUCCGUGUCAUUCCAGAGUACUCAAUGAAUAUUGAAGCAGUUUUCGAAUUUUUACUGCUGCAGAAUUGGACGUAUAUAUCUGUGAUGUACUCAGACGGAACCUACGGGGAAGGCAUGUACGAAAAACUUCGCGAGAAAACUCGCAAAGACUUCCGCAUUUGUUUAGCUAAAGAAAUGAAAUUUUACACUUACAGCACGCAAGAAAACUACGCUGACGCCAUACAGGAUGUAAAGAUCUUAGGUAAUUCUCGGGUCGUCCUGACCUUCUUAGAAGAGUACUCGGCGCACGCCUUGGUAGCGAGCAUUAUUCAGUCGAAAGAGGCAGGCUGGCUUGUGUGGGUCAUGAACGAGCCAUUCCUAAACCGGGUCUUGGAUUUGUUUAACUACAAUGACUACGAUUCUGUCCGAUUGUUUGUGGGAAGUGUCUACCUAGGCUUCAAGACGUACACCACCGAGGGAUACAACGGGCAUUUGUCCGCACUUCGACCCGACACCCACACCAACCCCUGGUUCAAAAAGUACUGGAUGGAUCUUAACCGCUGUGAGCGACUAGAUAAAGAGUGUCUCAAGCACAAUGUUGAAGAGCUCCAUGGGGCUUACACAUUCCGUUUCGCUUCUGUGGCACAGCGAGCGGUGUUUGCCGUGGCAUUUGGAAUCGACCGUGUUAUCAAGAAGUAUUGCCCGCUUGCAGACAAGAGAGAGCUACCCGAAUGUGUAACUGGCCCGCGUCUCCUGAAGGUAAAACACAAGGCUGCCCCGGUGUAA